AUGAAAUCUCUCAACUGUUCCCUGGAGUCCCCUGACAUAGUUGUCUGUCUCACAAGUCUGGGCCACCUCGCCAUACACUUUCCUGGCCGAUUCUCUCGUGAACUUCGAGGUAUGAUGACUCGUUGUUUGGUGCCCCAACUGCUCUCUCGCUCUACUGAUUUCUUGCCAUCCAAUGAAGAAGUUGCUUCGGAUACGACUCAAUUGGGGGAGGUAGACGACGAACCGACAGACGAAGAUGACAAUUUAUCCCCCGGGAUGGAGGCUGCAACAAAUGACGAGUCGCGAGGAGUCGAAAUUGUGGAGUCACAUGGAAAAUCCGUGGCUGGUAAACAUGUGGCCGCAUCCAAACUUAACCAUUUGGAUUCAUUGAGAGUCUGGCUUCCAGACGGCGCAAUC